AUGGUUAGGCCAGAGUAUUCCUCCCCCCCUGAUAUUUUUUAUAACGAAGAUGAAGCCAAAAAAUACGUUCGCAAUUCCAGAAUCAGGGACAUACAAUCCCAAAUGACUGAGCGAGCUUUGGAAUUGCUGGUACUCCCGGAGAGCCCCUGCUUACUGCUAGACAUUGGAUGCGGAUCAGGCAUAAGUGGAAUGACCCUGAACGAAUUCGACCACUUUUGGAUAGGAAUUGACAUCAGCAUUCAUAUGAUAAAAGCCGGAUUGCAGAAUGAAGCCCACCACGGAGGGGAUAUGAUUUUAGCCGACAUGGGAAAACUGAUGAGGUUCCAGUCUUGUGUUUUCGACGGAGUAGUCAGCAUAUCUGCCCUUCAGUGGUUAUGCAACUGGGACAAGAAGGAUGAAAGUCCCAAAGUCAGAAUUAGCGCAUUCUUUAAGUGGCUAUAUAACUGUAUGAAACGGGGAGCCAGAGCGGUAUUUCAAUUUUACCCCGAUUCAGCAGAACAAAUUGAAACCCUCACGAGCUUCGCCAUGAAAGCUGGUUUCGGGGGUGGUGUUGUGGUGGAUUUUCCCAAUUCUGCAAAGUCGAAAAAAUAUUACCUCUGUUUAUGGAUAGGGACCGCCGUAGUUUCGCAUCUUCCGGAACCCUUGGAGGACGAAGAACAUACUGAUACUGCAAGCACAAACAGGAGACAUAAUAAGAAAACAAAAAAACAAAUAAAAAAAAACAAGGAAUGGAUUUUGAAGAAAAAGAACCAGAGAAGAAUGAAGGGACUGGACGUGAAGAGGGACAGUAAAUACACAGGAAGGAAAAGGAAAGGGAAGUUUUAA